UGUACUAAUUUAAACUUUUCUUUUUAUUAUACAGCAGUUUUCUUUUUAUUUUAAUUUAUAUUGUUAGAAUUUUCAACACACUAUGAUGUUUAGUACAUUUAAUGUAAUUUUGGUAGUAACAUAAAAUAGUACUAAUGAAUGUUGGAUUCUACACAUUUUGAUUUUUUAAAGGUAAUUUUGAUCUCAAAAAACUCAAUAUAUCUAUAAAAAAUAUAAUUUUUUGUGGAAUGUACAUAGAAGUCACUGGACUCAGAGGAAUCCUGUCAUUUUUGUUUCUAAGGCCAAGAAAGCUAUCACUAAGACAAGAUCGCAGAUGUAGCAAGAAGGAAUACAGAAUUAAAAGGCAUAAAUAUGGGUAUAAUUACAAGUGGUUAGGGAGUUAGUAAGUCCAUUUCCUUUUUUUAACGCUCUGAAUUCUAUAAAACGAAUUUCUUGGGACGGACACAUUAAUGUCCCUGGCACUCUCCUCUUCAGUCCUAUAAGGUGUUUUAGGAUCCAUGUUAUUCUCCAGUUGUAGUAUUCUUUCGUUUAGUUCUGGAUAGUGCAAAGAUAACAUUUCGAUGGCCUCCUUCAAUUUCUAAUAAAUUGUAUUAAACAUAUAAUUGGUGGUAUUAGUAUAUAA